AUGGCAGUAAGGGGGGUGGAUGUCGAUGAGCUGGUGAACACCGUUGGUAAAACACGAGAUGAGAUACAGAAUGUAAAGACUAGCAUAACAGCAGUGGCAGGUAAGCUGGCCCAUAUAAAGCAGCUAGUAGCGGCCACUUCUCCUGGCCAGAACAAUGGGGGCAUGGUAGACAUUCAAGUUGCCACUGUGAAGGGCAUGGUAGCUAGAGCUAAGGAUGAUAUACAAAAGUUCAAAUCCUCAGUGAAGCAAGCAGCAGAAGAGAGGGCCCAAAGCGGAGCCCUUAAUGUUAACGUGUUUAGAAGGCGGAUGGCAAACGACGAUAAGUCCCGAUCGUUGUAUGAGAGAAUAGGAGGGGACUUGGCAAUUGAGACGGCAGUUGACCUCAUGUAUAGUAAGGCUGUGACUGACUCUAGGACCAGGGCGUAUCUAGAGAAGAGCCCCAAGAAGAUGGCGCGAAUAAAGAAAAAGAUGGUUCAAUUCCUUUCGGGCUUCCUGGGUGGCCCUCAAACCUAUGAUGUUACAGCGUUGAAGUCUGUCCAUUAUGAAAUGAACAUCACUGAUUAUCAUUUCGAUGCUAUUCUGGAGCUUUUCGACGGUAGUUUUGUGGCGCUGAAUAUGCACCCAACAGCUAAGGAGGAUGCCCUCAUUGCUCUGGGAAAGGUUCGGAGAGACAUCACAGCUGGGUGCACUGUAAGGAUGGAGAGGGCCAGAGCGAGGGUCAAGGGAGGAGGGGCUGAUUUUAUGUAUGGGCAACUGAAGGGGAAAGAAGGCAUUUCGGAGUUUAUGGAUCGCCUCUAUGAGACAAUACAAAUCGAUAACAGACUGAAGACGUUCUUCAAGGACAAGAGCAUCGAGAAGGUUAAGGCUGGGCAGACCGCAUACUUCACCGAGCUGUUUGGCGGAGCGGAGGCAUAUAAUGGUGAUGAGUUUUUGAAGUCGACUAGCACUGACGGCAUCUCAGGAAGGGACAUGGUUAGCAUUCAUAAGGACUUGGGAAUCGAUGAUUUCAUUUUCGACUGUUUCCUGAUGGACUGUGAGAAGACCCUCUCGGGCCUGGGCUAUGAUGACUCUAUCGUUGACGAGGUCUGUGAUUGGGUGUUGUUCAUGCUGGAGCCCCUGAGGGCAUCAGUGUUGAACCGGGCGAGGGGGAUUGACGCGGAACAGAAGGUCGUCAAAGGGAAGACGGUGUUGGAUAGGUUGGGUGGAGAGAUCAAUCUGGAGGCGGUGGUGGAGACUAUGUAUCGGCCUUUGGUGCACGCAUGCACAUGA